AACAUUUUCAACCGAACAAUUAGUAACCGACGACGGCACUAUGGAAACUGAUUCUGACAGUACGAGUGCGUCUCCAAGCCUGGCUACAUCAACGCAAUCUAUCGACACAUCUGCAGAAACAAGCCCGUCAGAAAUAUUUACAGAACAAUCAACCUCUACAGCGACUACUGUUUAUAGUUCGAUAGCUACGCAGCAUCAAACUAAACCCACAACUGUAAACACAGUGGGUCCAAUAUCUUUGUCAACCGAACAACAAGUAACCGACAACGGUAAUACGGAAACUAAUUCAGAGGAGUCAAUGUCUACGACCACUUCUUUUUAUAGUUCGUUGGCCACAGAGCUCCGAACAAAACCUUCAACGGAAACUUUAGUGACUGAAAGUGGUAGUACGCCUGCAGCUCUCGUGACAACUAAUACAAACACCCCUCCAUUCAGCUUUACUCCUUAUUUUAGCACGGAAAGGUCCACGUCGCAGACAAUGACGACUCAAAGUGGAAUCACAGAUUUUUCACCUCUAACGGAUCAAACAUUUAUUUCGACGGAACGACUAACGACUUACAAUGGUUACACUGUACCUCAUUUAACGAGUAGUGUCUCUGACUCGUCAGCAUGGGAUACUUCUACAGACGCGUAUAUUGUUUCAAGUGCCGCGUCGCAAAGUUUUCCAGAACAAUUGACGACUUCAGCGAUUACAUAUUCUACCUCUUUAGCUACCGAGCUUGAAACAGAAUCUACGAUGUCUGCGCAAAGUGAUACUGCAGCACUAACAACUUUGACAACAAUUAAUAGUUCUGAGGACUUUACAACUGACAUGUCAACUAAAGCAGAUCGCUCCUCGACUACGGAGACCCUUACACCAUCGACGGCGUCUUCCGGCGUUUCUCCUAGCGGCGCCCGAGAAGAUUUCUUCACUCCUAAUGCAUCAGUCAGUGACGACUUAUACAUAAUGCCAACGAACUUUCGUUUAGGAGCUACAUCUUCCGCCUACCAAACGGAGGGCGCCUGGGACACAGACGGAAAGGGACCGAGCAUACAGGAUAACUUUUAUCAUGGGAGCGGUGGCGACUCUGGUGAUAUUGCCUGCAACUCAUAUGCUGAAUACCUCGUGGACGUUAAUUUGUUGCGUAAUAUGUCAUUUCAGACUUAUCACUUCUCUAUGUCAUGGUCUCGACUGCUCCCAACUGGAAGCAGCCUACAUGCUAAUCAGGUUGCAAUAAACUUUUACGACAAGUUGCUCAGCGCCUUGAUUGAAAAUCAUAUUGAACCUGUGGUAACUCUUCACCACUGGGACAUACCAUCUGGAAUUGUUAAUGGGUGGUUGAAUUCAAGUGCGCCGGACUAUUUCCUCGAUUACGCCACAUUUGCCUUCAGCUUGUUUGGUAGUCGGGUGAGCACUUGGCUUCUGCUCCACGACCCAGUGACCUUGUGCGUGCAAGGGUAUGCAGAGGGGCAGAUUGGCCCGGGCAUUGUCGACUCGCAGGGUACGGCAGCCUACCGCUGUGUUCACAACCAAAUCUUGGCGCACGCGCAGGCGUACCGCGCAUAUCGCAGAGACUUCGCUGACUGGCAGCAAGGUCGGGUCGGCUCAACACUUUUUCUGGACUAUGGUCAGCCUCAAAACGCAUCGAGUGCCGCAGAUGCGGCGGCCGCUGAACGUUUCAUGGAAGCCUCGUUCGCGUGGGUCGCAGAUCCUCUCUUUACCGGCCGGUACCCAGACUCACUACGCCAGGCCGCAGGGGACAAACUGCCGUCGUUCACCCCUGCACAGAUGGCUCUCGUUACGGGAUCUACAGACUUCCUUGGAUUGAAGCACAGCAGUGCAAGACUUUGCACAGAGGGGCAGCGUACCGCACAAAUAUCGUUCUCCAACGAUGUAAAUGUUGCAACCCGAUUAGAUGAAAAGUGGCUCCGAACACCAGGUGGGCAAGAUGCGAUUACUCCUUGGAGUAUACGAGGUGCUUUGAAUUGGAUCGACGAGAGGUAUAAUGGCGUACAGGUUCUCGUUACUGAAAACGGAUACUCUGGAUCUGCAGAUAACGACAUAGAUGAUGUAAAACGAAGCGCAUACUUCAGUGCUUACCUCCGCGGAGUUAUGCGCGCUGUAAACGAAGACAGGUGCAACGUUAUGGGCUAUGCAGCGCGUAGUCUCACGGACAGCUUCGAGUGGAACAACGGCUACAACGUUAAGUACGGCCUUGCACACGUAGAUUUCUCAUCAGGAUCUCGACCCCGUUUGCUCAAACCUGCGCCAGCGUCUUUCUUCAGGAACGUACUUCAGAACCGCGCGGUGGAUUUCGUGGCUUUCAUCUCACCCUGAACCUCCCUGGAAAGUUAUGAACAGCCUGUAAAAAUAAUAUUGAAAUACAAUUGUUUUAAAAAGUU